AAUGAAGGCCCACAACUUAUAGAUAUGUAUGAUAGCGAAGAUGAGCGUAUAGUUGCUGAGAUUCAUAGACAUAUUCCUGAGAAUGAGAGGGUAUUUCGCACCAAAGUGGGGAAGGAUGUAUCUCCGACGGCGAAGAUACGACCUAAACGGCCUGAAACACCGAAGAGGACGGAUAGCGUUGUCACAAUCCUAGAGAGAUCACCCAAAGACCCAGAUACGUUGUCCGAUGACGAGCUUCAAGAGCGGCAGAUCGCACAUGCACUAUCGACUACCCGGACGAACCUUACUAGGAUCUCGCAGUUCAUUCUGAAGUUAGAGUGUCGUGCGGGGAAGAUCACGAAGGAAGGCAUCAAACAGACCCUCGACGCUACUGUUGCCAAUGUCACUACUAAUGCGGCCGAUAACUACCCAACUUACCAAGACGAACUUGAGGAAAUCCAACACCUCAGCGAGAGCACCUGGCAGCGUCUAUAUCUCAUCGAUAGGCACUGGCGACGGCAGAGCAACCUAGACAAGGAUGCCGGGGCGCCUAAUUCCCACAUCGAGCUUGAGAGUGAGCCGGGCGUGAAGGCGUUUCUAAAAGGGGAACGGCAGAGCAGCCACAUCACAAGUCAGGACCCAUGCUACUACACAGCGUAUAAUCUCGUGAACGGGAGGAGGUUCGAGGACUGGAUUGCCUACCUGAAGGACUUCUGUGAGUUCAAGGAAAACCCGACCGAGGAGACCAAGCUUGUGCAUCUAGCCUGGAGGUUCUUGGACCGCGAUCUGCGUGGACCGAGGCCGGGCAAAGCCGCGCGCCUUCAAGAUUUCCUGGAUUCUCUCAACGACCAGUAUGAUAACGGCGCCUUUGACGAGGCGAUAAAAAACCCCAGGAAGAUGGAGCAAGAUGAUGACGGGGCAUGGGGCGCGAUAAAGAAGUUCUGGUUUACGAGGUUUCAGGGUUAGUUACCAGGUACCAAACCUAUAUAGC